GUUCUUUUUGUGGGGUUUUUGUGGUUUUCUAGUUUCUUUUUGUGGCUCCUCAAUUCUUUUUUUGUUUCUUUCCCGGCACAACCCUUGAUGUUUCAGUUUAUUUCUGGAAUGUAUGCAUAUAUACUCAAAAUUAGAACCGAAGAAUCAUAGUUUAUUUUUUGUAUAUUUGCUUACUGUUUUCUGCAUAUUGCAUACAUAUCCGAAAGAUCCACAAUGGUUUUUGCUAUUGAUCUCUGCAAAAAUACCACAGAAAAAAUUUCUGUAUAGUAAAUUGUAGAUGUCAUGAUUUGAUAAAAUAGCCAUAAAAUACAUUUAUUACUAAAUAAUAAAAUCUAAUUGAAGUGUAUAAUAAUGGAAGCUAAAACAACUAAAAUCACACUUAGCUUUUAAUUAACUACACUCUGCCCGAUCCAAAGAGCUUUGCUCAGCUUCUGGUUGGGGUUUGAAAAUAGCUGCCUCCAAGUAUUGAGAUGGAGCAGAAGUAUGUUUGUGCUUCUAUAUGUGACCGAUUACCCACCCUAUCUGUCAAUCAUCCUUGGUUGGUCGACCGGAACACGGAAGAUGAAGAAGAUAACAACAAAGACCAUAUUAUAUACACCUGCUACAGUUUCCUCUGGGUUCGGGGGUCAUGUACACUUUCUUGACAUAUGUGGCAAAGUAAUACACUCAUACGACUUCAAGAGUAAAACUAUAUCCCUGUCUUCCAUGCCCACAAGCAGUGCAUCAUUGUUGGAAUGCAGGUCACAUGGAGAAAUCAAGUGUAGAGUUGAUUUUCAUCAUGAGGGGGGCAAAGAAAAUGAGAGGGUGGUAAGCUCAGUUAGGGAUAAUGAUGUUGGUAGUAAUUGGAUUGAAGCACAUGAAGAGAAUACGGAGCCACGCCUUCUCAACAUUCCGUUCGAUGUUUUGAAGUUGAUAAUGGAUUUUUGUGUUGGUGUUGAAUACCUCAACUUCCGUGCUACAUGCAAGCAAUGCCAGUUAGCAGCACCUAUGAUUCGAUGGAGUAAGGGAACAGCACUAGGGAGAUUGCACACAUAUUCAUUAGUUUCACCCUGGUUGAUGGUGUUAGACAAUGAGCUAGGCAUUAUCUCUUUUAUUGAUCCGGUGUUUGGUGACAAGUACUUUAUAAAGACACCUCAAAAGUUGAUUGGUGAAUUGAAAAUAUAUUGUUCCAUGUAUGGCUGGUUGCUUAUGCGCAAACACGAGGGGCCACUGACAUUCUUUAACCCCUUCACAAGUGAUACUCAUGAGCUUCCGUUCGUCCCUUAUUUAGACAGCUAUUGUUUCUCGGCACCACCUACUUCGCCUGAUUGUAUGAUUGUUGGGUUUACAACAUUCAGUGAAUGGAAUGUUUACAUCCACUUUGUAGGUCAAGAACCAUUUUGGCAUAGAUUCCAUCUUAGGGGUGAUCACCCACACUCCUUUCAUUUUGCAACACACUAUGGCCGAAAUCUGUAUGCUUUGUAUAACAAUGAAGGACUUGGUUUUAUAGAUAUAGACAGCCAAGAUUACACUUGGCAGGAAGGCCCCAGAAGUAGUUGCAUAUCUGCCAAACAAAAUUUCCUAGUGAAAUGUGAUCAAAAACUUUUGCUGGUCAUCAUCUGCGAGUUUGGAGAAUGCGUUGAGGUAUUCAGUUUGAAUGAUUCAACAGAAUGGGAGAAAACAACGAGUUUAGGAAGGCACAUGAUUUAUAUUAGUGGUCAGACUUGUCUUUGCAGCGAAGCCAAAAUGCCAGAAAUGGCGAACAAGAUUUACUUUCCGCUCUUACAUUCUGAGAACAGGAAGAUAGUGUUCUAUUCUCUCGAAACAAGAAGGUAUCACACAUUCAGUGGACAAAAUGUCGAAGAAAGUUUUGGGGAUUUCAUGGGAACAAAACAUCAUCUUGGUCGCAGGGAGCUUAGUUAUCUUGUUUUAUUAGCACCAUUGACCUGUCGCAUGCAUCUUUCUAUUUAUUUAAUGCACUAUUUGCAACUGUUAACUUAAACCAAUAAACUUGGAAGGUUUUA